AUGUCACGCGUAAAGAUCAAUUCAAAGAGCCAUUCGCCUUCAGGGAGCCAACCUCCCUCGCCUAUACAGAGGAGCUCCUCUUCAACAUGGAACAACUUCACCCAAUGGCAGCACAACCUAAAGCACACCAUCAAGAUCAUACUGUCGACGAUAUAUCUGUUUCUUAUAAUACUGACGAUACCGUUAUCGUUUGAGAUUGGUGGAGUCAAUUGCGGAUUGAGUUUCUCGAUAACCAUCCUGCUACUAUACUUUGUGCUGACGACGCUUAGAGUGCUGAAAUACCACAGGAUUAUUUCCACCUUCUUAUACUAUUCACAACAUGUACUGUUGCCCUCAAUACUAUUCUUGUUCCUGACGGUGUUUCAGAGCAGUGACAAGACUAGAGAAGAGAUUGAGACGGAUACUAUCUACAAGCAGAUAUGGUGGAACGUGAUAAUCAAGAUAUGGAGGAUUUUCCUGAUCAAUUCCACUCCGUUAUUCACGAUUCUGGAAGGAUUUUGCUCGCUAUUAUCAAUCCAGAUUGUUGGACAAAUAUCUACGUGGCUGAUCAAGAAAAGGUCCGAUUCGUGGAGUAUCGUCAGUUUGAUCACCUCCUCGUGCAUCAUCACCACGGCUCUGUACUUUCUGGCCAGAAUCUACUUCACACCUAUAGACUUGACUAACGUGGGCUUCAUUUCCGCCUCGCUACUGGGAUCUGUGUUUACGUGUACCGCUUUUAUUGGAGUUUAUGCCAUAUAUACUGGCAAAGCAUCCACGUUGGAAUGUUCAUUGAUGAUGGCCUACAUCGUGAAAUGCUCUUACGAGCUAUUCCCAGAAUUGUCCGAGAGAAACCUGGAUGGACUUAUGAAAUUCGUGAUGGAUGAGUUCAAGAAGAUAAAUGACCAGGCAAAUGACUUGAACCAGGAGUUCCUCAAGAGCGUUGGACAAACUUUUGAGAACCUUGGUGACCAGAGAAGACAGAACUAUCUUAUCGCUAAAAUCACCAGGUCGGAGAGUUUUCAAGAAUUAGCAAACAAGAUUUGGGAGUUGUUCUUUCAGCUGAAAGAGAUUGCCAUCAACGUUGUUUUCAAGUUCGUCACGGAAAAUUUCCCAAGGUCUUUCGAAAGCCUGUGGGACUUCUUGAAGCUGGCCACUGCCAAUAUCACCCUCCCAAUCAUCCUUACGCUGGCAUAUAGAAUCGCUGUCUUUUUUGCAGCAACCAAGAUCAUACCCAUUCUCUCGUCGACGCCGGCCUCGCAACAGCAACAGCAACAGCAACAGCAACAAUCCACCACGCUGAGGUUGAUCUACCUCUACUCCCCAUGUAUUAUUAUCGCCGUCUACACGAACCUGAUGUUUCAAUACCAGGCAGAGACCAACACUCAGAUUGGCCAGGACGAUCAUUUCUACAACUGGCUUAACCUGAAGGUUCAUUCUGUCUUGAAUAUCCAGCCAUGGCAGUUCUGGAACUGGAUCAAUAUGUUCGUCACCUUGGCUCUGUACUCGCUCGAGCUGGUGAACCACAAUUACGACGAAAGUUCCCUGGUCAAUCACUGGAACUAG